UCUAGUGUAUUUAGUGCAGUCUGGAGUGACGUUAUUCCCGCAUCACAAAAGUCUGUAGUAGCAGCCGGUAGAACAGAUACCGCGGACAGCGCAUCUCCUCUUUCAAAACCAUACAGUCGUCCACUUGCAGACGGGUUACAGCAACAACAACAUAAUGGAGCAACUAGAGGCCUUUGACAAACAGUUCAAUGGUUUUCUGGAUUAUUUGUUUGGACCUAGAGAUACCAGGGUCAGAGGAUGGUUCAUGCUGGACUCCUGUUUGCCGACAAUGUCUCUUACCCUUUUGUACCUGCUUAUUGUAUGGCUGGGAACAAUAUAUAUGAAGAACAGACCUGCAUAUUCUUUAAAGGGUGUUUUAAUUGCAUAUAACUUUUCAGUAACCAUGCUGUCUCUGUACAUGCUCAUUGAGCUGAUUGCAUCAACAUGGGAAGGUGCUUACAAUUUGCAGUGUCAGAAUCUCCACAGUGCUGGGGAAGCGGACACAAGGGUUGCUAAGGUGUUGUGGUGGUACUACUUCUCCAAGCUGAUUGAGUUCUUGGACACCAUAUUCUUUGUUUUACGGAAGAAGAACAAUCAGAUUACUUUCCUUCACGUGUAUCACCAUGCAUCAAUGUUCAACAUCUGGUGGUGUGUUCUCAACUGGAUACCCUGUGGACAAAGUUUCUUUGGUCCUACCCUGAACAGUUUUAUCCAUGUAUUAAUGUACUCCUACUAUGGGCUAUCUACCAUUCCUUCAAUGCACAAAUACCUCUGGUGGAAGAAAUAUCUUACUCAGGCUCAACUGAUUCAGUUCCUGCUCACUAUAACACACACACUCAGUGCUGCUGUUGUCCCUUGUGGAUUCCCCAUGGGCUGCUUGAUGUUCCAGUCUUCUUACAUGGCCACUUUGGUUAUCCUGUUUCUUAACUUUUAUGUACAGACAUACAAGAAGAAGCUUUCAAAAGAAGAUGGAUGGAUCACAGCUGACAUUAAGGACAUCAAGAAUGGCUAUCACAACGGAUAUACAGCAGCAACUAAUGGCUCAACCUCAAAACAAAAAGCUCAAUAGAAUUAGUUAUAUCUAGAAUGCAGCAAAAAGAACUUGUCAGGUAGCAACAAUAGACUAGAGGGUGUAGCUGACACUGUUAUCCAUAAGAGGGUUAAUACCAUAGUAUCAUUUGCAAAGCAGAUUGACCUAGAAACUCUUAAGAGUUUAUGAAUAAAACUUUAAUAACGCCAAACAACCAUAAUUAACCCCAACUGUCCCCCAGCUGAACAUUAAGCUACGUUUUCAUCUUCCACUGGGAUUGAAUUGAUCUGGGAUUGUUAUCUCUCCAACUCUUGUAAGCAGUUCCCUAAUGAGUGUCCAAGGACAUGAGGCAGGUUUUAAAUCUCCAAGUGCAGAACAAUCUAUUUCGGCUGAACAUGAAGGCUGUGAAUAUAUUUAACAUGUACACCAGUAAAGGUGAUGUGGCAGACUGUGAUGUGAACGAAAGCAGCUCCAGUUGGAACGAGAUUGAGUUUUACAGACAGGUUUCACGCUCUAGCUGAAAAUGUUACAGAAGUAGAGCUUUUAGGACUCCCCAUUGCUUAAGAGUUUUAUCAUUUUUCCUACAGAUUUAAACAUGGAAUACAUUAACUGCUAAUUCCCAGUUGUAAUUAGUUAAGUAUUUAUAGGUGUAAUUUCACACUGUACAAUAUUAAUUAUUUGUACUUGUACUGUAACUGAGUGCAACUGUGUGCUGCUGCUUUCUAGGACUUCUUGGAAAAGAGAUGUAGAUCUCAAUGGGUUAUCCUCCUGGAGAUUUAAUUUAAAUAGCCUACAAAUUAAUUCCUCAAGAUGUCAAUGCCUGUGUAAGUUCAUCCCAAGGAUGCAAACCACUGUUGAAAAAAUUAAUUAAUUAAUUAAUUAAGUAGAACUUAUGAAGCACAUUUUGCAGCCACAUCCUCUUCACUGUUGCUACCUGUCCAGUUUCCUUGGAGACGCUUCCCUGUGCUGUAUCAUUGAACUGGGCAUAUGACUUUUGAUCCACUGAAUAUCAGCAUCAAAAGGUGCUUGAAUGCAAACCAGUCUCUGAUUCAAAUGAAGAUUAACAACUUGUAUUUUGAGUUUUAUAUACAUUAUAACAGUUUGUACCUAAUUUUGUAUUUAGUGUUUUAUUUUGUUUUCUUACUACUUGUGUUUGACAAUGAAAACUGUUGGCCUGCUCUUGGGAGUCCUGUACAAUAAAAAAAAAAAAAAAAAGAAAAAACUCUACAGUAAGCUCAAAUUCAAAUCAAGUGAAACAGAAGUUGCAUAAAAUCACAAUAAAACGAAUCUGAUAAAUCAUAAUCUUUGGUCAGUGUCCAGACAGGCCUGAGUUAUCAUGUGAAGGCAAAAUACAUAGAUUUGUUAAACAAAAUACAGCAGAACCUGUCAUAUCCAAUUGAAUUGGUUCCAGGGUCCAUUGGAUAUGUACAAAUAUAUCUCAUUGUAUUUUGUUUUGUAUCUGCAACGGAAUCCAUUCUAUCCUGCUACAAGCUGAAUGUACUGUUUUAGAUCCAUAAUAAAAUGUCCAUUGAUCAGUU